GCAACCCGCAUUGCAGCAGGUUGCCGUGGCGACAGAAUGUCAACAUCGCCGCUGUCGGAUGGGUCGUGCUGUGUCUGUCCGGUGUCCCACCUUCAUGUCCGAAAUGUCUGCUAUGAACAGAAAGUUGAUACAAACUCUCGCUGAAACGACUUCAAAACAAGUGGCACACUUCAAUAAAACGGAAGUGGAGUGCCUCAUCCGAGAGUUUAACGUGCUGCUGGGGGAGCAGGCUAUCCCCGGAAAAGCAGUCACCGGCCUGGACAGAGGGAAGUUCAGGAGCAUACUGCACAACAUCUUUGGGAUGACCGACGACAUGAUCAUGGAUGGAGUCUUUAGGACAUUUGACAAAGACAACGACAGCUUCGUCAGUAUGAAAGAAUGGAUUGAGGGACUGUCAGUUUUCCUUAGAGGGACCUUGGAGGAAAAAAUCAAAUACUGCUUUCAUGUGUAUGACUUGAACGGUGACAACUACGUGUCCAGAGAAGAGAUGUUUCACAUGCUGAAGAACAGCCUCACCAGACAGCCCACAGAGGAGGACCCUGACGAAGGAAUAAAAGACCUGGUGGAGAUCACACUCAAAAAGAUGGACCAUGACCACGAUGGCAGACUAUCUUUCACUGACUUUGAAAAAGCGGUGAGAGAAGAAAAUCUAUUACUUGAGGCUUUUGGAACGUGCCUCCCUGACAUCACGAGUAUUGAGAUAUUUGAGCACCAUGUAUUUCAGGUACAACUGGAACAAUGAAGAGAAAUCAUAUUCAUAUGCAUUUACAGAAAUAUAGUCUUUAAUAAAAAAUGCUGUUUGCAUUGUGGGGUGUGUCAAUAAAAACAAGAUGCCAAGAGAAACAGUUUGGUCAUUUUCCAACGUAGUAGCAGUAAUCUCUGCAUACAUUUCAAGAUCAAGGUGGUGCGAUCAAAUCCGACGACGUGGUUUCAUUUUCUUCGCCACUGGUUUGAGGUCAGGAACUGAUUCCACCUGAGAAAGAUGAAAAACUGAUUUUACUGACACGAAUAAAGAAAUUAAAGCUGCA